GUGUUUCGAUAACAACAAGAACAACAAUGAUAACGAACCGUAACGUUGAUUGUUGUUUGUAUUGUCCGCAUUGCUGCGACAACGUUCACCUAAAUGUGAAUUAAUCGAACAGUCCUGUCUUUAAUGUUACAGUUACAAAGGCUUCAUACCUGUUGGGCUCUGUAGCUAACGUUAACGUUGGCUGAAGUUAUGAAGCUAGCUAGCUAGCUAACUAACUAACUAGCUUACAGCUAAUGUAAUUCAGUUGGCGUGAAACACACACCUGUACAAGGUUUUUGACUGAGUAUGGCGGACGACCCUCAAAGAAAUUUUCGCUCUGCAUAUUAUGAGAAAGUGGGCUUUAGAGGAGUGGAGGAGAAGAAAUCACUGGAAAUACUGCUCAAGGAUAAUCCUCUGGAUCUAGAAAAGCUGAGCACCUUCAGUCAGAGGUUCCCCCUCCCAUCUAUGUACAGGAUCCAUGUGUGGAAGGUAUUGUUGGGAAUCCUACCUCCCCACAGUGACUCUCACGUUCUGGUGGGAGGCUACAGGAAAGAGCAGUACCAGGACAUCCUCGAGGCUCUGGAGAUGAUGAGAUACGUCAACUCUUCCACUCCCUCCACCCAUGUCUACCUGCGCAUGUUCCAGCUGGAGAGCCAGGUGCUCCCACGGUGCUCUGAGAUCUCCUCCCCGGAUGAAGAGAACGAGGACUUCCUCUCCAUCAGUCGAGCCAUGCAGGAGAUCGUAGAUGAUCCUAUCGAUUGCUAUUGGCUGAUCAAGUGUUUCGUCAAUCAGUUCCACACAAAGUUUGGAGACUCAAUACCCCACCUCCCGAAGAGCCUGGAGCAUUAUCUGAGUCAGGAGGAACCUCGACUGCUGAAGCAUCUGAAGAGCACUGGAGCCCUGGCUCGACUGCCCCACAGCCUCUGGUUCAGACGCUGCUUCGCUGGUUGCCUGCCUGAAUCCAGCCUGCAAAGGGUGUGGGACAAGGUUAUCAGUGGGUCCUGUAAGAUCCUGGUGUUUGUGGCCCUGGAGAUUCUGCUCAGCUACAAGAUCAUGUUGCUGGGAAUCACCCGGCCUGAAGGCGUGGUCAAGUUUCUGUGCAAUAUACCACAGGAAAACACAGAUGCCAUUGUGACCAAAGCUAUCGACUCGUGGCACAAACACUGUGGCACUCCAAUGCAUGCUGUAUAGUCACACGGAGCUCCUCACACAACUGAAAUAUGGGCCCAGAUGUGAGAUGCUUUUCCAGGAUGCAUCAGGAUUUGCUCCUACAGUAUGGAUAAGUCUCUGCAGGACUGAACAGGAAAACUCAUAAUGGGCGACUUUCAGUUAGUCAGAGGACUUUGGGGUCAAUGUUCAGUUUGACAAGACAGUUCUCAACUUUCCCUGAAGAAUAUGAUUAACUAUAUCUGGAAAAGACUGAAAGCAUGAACACUGAAAACAGCUGCUAUGCAGAGUGGAUACAAAAAGUAUGUUUGGACAAAGGCAAGGAAGCAUAAACGUAUUUCUUUUUUAAUAAGUUUCUUUCUUUAAGAAACUUCAUACAUCAUAGAAGACUCACAAUAAAUUAAAUACCGACAUGCAGCUUUUCUGCUUUACAAAAAACAUUUGAAAAGUCUUGCUUACUUUCUUUGCUAUGUACAAGUCUUAUAAUUCUGAGAAUAUUUCUCUGAAAACAUUUUUAGUGUUACAAGAGACAGUAAUAAUACCGACGCUUGUACAUACACACGCUUAAUCAGACACAGUCAUAAUACACACAACAGAUCUACCAGUUCUCCCAAUACUAUGGUCAUAACUGUGAUUUGUGAACCUAUUAAGGACUGUAAACAAUAAAAAAAAAAAAAGUAAAGUG